AUGCUUCGCACGUCAAAUUUUGUGACUGCCAACAGGUCACUACAUGUGUCGGCCAGAAGGUCUGACUUCAUGUCGUGGUUCAAACGUAAACAAGACAGUGAAUCGAAGAAGACGGUCCGAGACACUAAGGAAGUCAUCGCAGAUAUUGAAUCUGGCGAAAGUAAGACAAAAUCCUCCAACAGCAAACUAAAGCUUUCUGAGGACUCCUUUAUCGGGGAGGAGGCUAACGCAGUCCACAAAGCAAAACUUACGGCUCUUGUUGCCCAGGUACCUUUCAAUAACUGGCUUUCGUCCAAAAAAGUGACAACUGCUGAAGCGCUCGAUCAAGCAAUAUUGCAAGCGUUGAAUGGAAACAAAAGUGGUGCUGUUACAUCUGUUACUGAUGACUCUCUCGCUGUGCCUUUUUCGGACCUGAUAACUAAAUUUCACUUCACAAAAGCUUUGCAAGCGUCGACCGGGGUUUUAGUACCUGAUUACCAGUUGACACGUUUGAAAACGCCUUUGGAGUUUCGCAGCUUUUAUCUGAAGGAAGUUGUGAGUGGCAAGCUGGCUAAAUAUAAAGAUGCUGAACCCAAUGCCAUUGACCUUGAUAACUCGUCACACGCUGCAGAUACAGUACAUGUGGUGAAGCCAGUAGCACCCAAAGAUCAAAGAAAGAAGCUGUCAAACAUUUUGUCUGAAGUGGAGGCUUUGGAACGUCAAAGUGCCAAAGAAGCCUUAGAAAGUGCUAGGCAGGUUGUCUGA